CUUGGGGGAGGGAAUCCUUUCUCCUUCUGCCCCUGGAUCGGUGGAUGUACCGAUACACCCCCUGUUUGUCCCCGGAUUUGACUUGUCCUGACUGGUCUUGGUCCCGAUUCCUUUUUUCCUUUCUUAUUUGUAUUAUUUCUAUUUUGAUUUUCCCCUUUCUCGUCUCUGGUAUAUUACGAGAUUGUCUGAUUUCUUUUUUCACCCUUUCAUUUCUUACUAAUCCCCCUGUCUCAUCAUCCACGUGUUACUCUCUUCAAACAGGAGAUUAUUCUUUUGUUUGACACGGAUGGAUCAUGCCUCUGUCCGGGGGUCCGAAAGAAAGGAGAGUUUCGCCCCGGUAUCCCUUGCGUUCAGCAGAGUUACUCUGGGCUCGACCUCUUUCAUCGCCACCCUUUCACUGGAUGAUGUUUCAGCUCUGUAUUUUUAUUUUUAUCCUUUUGCUUUUCUGUUCGCAUAGCGUCGGUUCUUUGGAGAAUUUCGGGGUUUUCUUAUUGGUGUCCAACACUGCUUUUGGUUCUGCUGGUGUCAUACAUCCUACUGAUCAUGUCAUGUCAUGUCGCUCUUUGAUUCGCUCGUUUUAUGAUCUCUCGGUCUCGUCGGUGGAUGGACGGUCUCGACUCGACUCCUCUUGUCGACGUCGACGUCAACGUCGACGUCAACUGUCAUCUGCAUCCGCCGGUCUGGCACCGAUCUUUAUGUCUCUAUACUUACAUUGAUUUCUGGCAUGACUACUUCCUCACCAGAUUGUUACAUCCUGAUAUAUUAGAUGUGAUUUAGUGUAUACUUAUGCUACAUUAACUAUACUAUUACAACUCUUCUCUAAU